AAUCGCUGAGUGCGAUACACUUCUAUCCAUCUCACUCGCGAGGAAGGUAGUUGCACAUUACCGACUAUCAGCAGUGGCUACCGGAGACGCAUGAGAAACACCGAGUGAAAGCCGCGAAACAGUGCGAGGAGCUAGCAAAGGUGUGCUUGACUCAAAAGUACGGAAAGGAGUAAACUUCGCAUAAACUAUGGCCGUAUCAGCAACUCCUCCGGUGCUUUCACCGACCUCCACUCCCGGGGGCGCGAGCAGCCUGUUCCGUCCCGACUCUCUGUACUCCAGCCCGGCCGAGUCCCCGCGACUGACCAGCAGCAUGAUCAACUCUUUCAUCACCGGCACCGGUGGCGGCGGCAGCACUAACGGGAACGGACCCGGCGGUGUCCAUAAUAACGAGUGUAAGAUGGUGGAGGUGCACGGGGUGAAAGUGGCCUCGUUCACCGUGGACGGUCAGGAGCUCAUCUGUCUCCCGCAGGUGUUCGACCUGUUCCUGAAGCACCUGGUCGGCGGACUGCACACCGUCUACACCAAGCUGAAGCGGCUGGAUAUAUGUCCGGUGGUGUGCACGGUGGAGCAGGUGCGGAUCCUGCGCGGACUCGGGGCCAUUCAGCCGGGCGUGAACCGGUGCAAACUCAUCACCCGAAAAGACUUCGAGGCGCUCUAUAACGACUGCACCAAUGCCAGUUCUCGGCCUGGUCGUCCUCCCAAGCGUUCUCUCGGCGUGGCGAUGCAGGACAGCUCUCGUCUGCUUCCUCACAGCGUUCACGGGCUGCUCUCUCCGAGUCUGCUCUCCCCGACAGGAUUGACAGCAGCAGCCAUGGCUGAAGCAAUGAAACUCCAGAAAAUGAAACUGAUGGCCAUGAACAACAUUCACGGAGCAGGAAGCCAGAACGGUACAGAGUCAGAGAACGAGGAGCUGAACUCCAGUGCAGGCGGCAGUGAGUCGUCCUGGGAUAAAGAGAAACUCCAGUCCCCCCCCUCCUCCGGAGCCCAGCAUGGUCUGGCUCACGCCGGCCUCUCCGCUCAGCACGGCCUGUCAGGGUCUCAUCUCUCUUCCCUACAGCAGAGUCAUCUCCUGGCUAACCGGCUGGACCUGCCAUUUAUGAUGAUGCCCCACCCCCUGCUGCCCGUCAGUCUGCCGCCUGCCUCCGUUGCCAUGGCGAUGAACCAGAUGAACCACCUGAACACCAUCGCCAACAUGGCCGCAGCUGCUCAGAUGCACAGCCCCCUGUCCAGAGCAGGAGCGUCCGUCAUCAAGGAGUGUGUACAGGACAGUCCGUCUCCUGCUCCGUCUCUGGAGGAAGCCCCUCGUCCCGGAUCACAGCCCUCUUCCCACCCCAGCAGUAGUGUGUCCAGCUCACCAAACCCACACACACAGAGUCCUGAACGCCUGGUUUUGAACCAGACCGAUGGAGACCUGCCAGAGACACGAGACACCGGCAUCAAUAUGAAGAAAAUCCUUAAAGAGAAAGAUGAGGCUCAGUUAGCUUUGCCCAUGCAGAAGACAGGGUUCGAGAAGCUUCCUCUGGGCACUCAGACUCUUCCUCCAGGCUUCCCCGCCCCCUUCCUGUUUGCAGAUGGCCUCUCUUCCGUGGAGACAUUGCUCACUAACAUCCAGGGUCUUCUGAAGGUGGCUGUGGAUAAUGCCCGUGUGCAGGAGAAACAGGUGCAACAGGAACGCAAGGAGUUAAAGAUGGAGCUGUACAGAGAAAGAGAGAUGAGAGAGAGUCUGGAGAGACAACUCACCUCUGAACUGCACAGCCGAGCCACUAUUCAGAAGCGUCUGAAGAAGGAAAAGAAGGCAAAAAGGAAACUGCAGGAGGCUCUGGAGUUUGAGUCCAAGAGGAGAGAGCAGGUGGAACAGGCUCUCAAACAGGCCACAUCUCCUGAGAGUCUCCGCAUGAGUCUCAACGAGGCAGUGAUACCAGAGGUGAAGUCUGAACAUAAUGGCAACCAGCAGGAGAACUCAGCUGUACAAGAAAACAGACCCUACUCCAAACCUCCCAUCAUGUACUGAAGCCUUGCAUCUUUAGUCCCACAACCACGACAAACAUCUCCGCCCAGAGAUGCAGAGAGGGGUUCGUGGGGCUUUUUCCUGGUGGAAAAGUGGUGCGGGUGACCAGUCACCUGAAACCCAUGUACAGGACUUGAGUGUGUAUGUACGUGUAUGUGUGUGUGUGUGUGUGUGCGUGUGGAGGUGCAGUGCAUUUGGGUCCUCAUGAGACGCCUGUGUGUUUCUGGAGCACUACUUGUUGCUGACCUUUCAACACCACACACACUGACUUGUAAAAAAAUGUCUUUCUCUCUUGUUUUGACUACUUCUACAUCCCACACUUUUUUUGAGAUUUUAAAAAAAAAAGUUUUUUUCUGGAUUAAAAUCUCAUUACCUGAUGAAUUACCCUUCUUUAUGUGAAGCACACAACAUCACCCUCCUCUAAUCUCCAGUUUUAUUAUUAUUAUUAUUAUUAUUAUUAUUAUUAUUAUUAUUGAGUGUUAUCUGCUGAUCCCCCAUGAUUCUGUGCACCAGUGAUUCUGAACAGCACAACUGUCUUGACGAGUCUGUAGAGAACUUUGUCCACAGCACCUCUACGUACAUGAAGGGACAAAUGAGACAAAUAUUAUGCUGACAGACUCCAAAUAAGACACGUGUGCUUCUUUAAUAAACAUUGUCUACAAUUGUUGUUUUGCCUUUUGAGAAAGGGAUUCUAUAUCAACAUUUUUCUUUCUAAUUUGUUGGGUUUUUUUGUUGUUUUUUGUUUUUUUAGAAAGUGUAGAAAUAUUCUCCUCAUGUUGUCGUUUCCCUGCCUUAAGUUUAUUAUUCUGGUGUUUAUUUUAUUAUCUGGUUUGUUGUUUUCCAUUGUAUUUUAAUCAGCAUUUCAAAAGAAUGCUUAAGUGAUCUUGAAACAACAUUCUUUGUACGUCUUUGCCGUCUUACUUUGCCCAGCGACAAUGUUUUCUCUAUUGCAACUUAACUUAAAAAGUAAAAAAAAAAAAAGUGUUCAUUUGAUGUUGCUAUAAAAACAGUAUUACAGUACUCCCCCCUUCUGUUUUUACCUGUUUAUAAAGACUUGUAAAUGCUUUAGCGUUUGCUAUCCUGACGUUGUUAUUACGUGGAUACAUUUUUAGUGACACAAAAGAGAUGAGAAGUACCCUUAUGCACAUCCAGAGCGAGCAUGCUUGUAAAUACAACGAUGAAAAAUGACACGUAUCGAUUGAAAAUAAAACGCUGCCUCUUCAAAUCUAUUUUUAAACAUUUCUAGCAACUCCAUAGGUAACGCGAUCACAAAUCGGCAGCUAUCAAUGAUGUUGAAUCUUGUUUUAAAAUGGCAACAGACACUUAUCACAGCCUUGCACAUGCCACAACGAAUAAAACAACCCUAUGGACAUCUUGGUAGGUUUUUUUUUCUUUGAGUAAUAAAAUUAAGAUGGAAACA